AAAAUUAGAAAGAGGGGAAGGAGGAGGAAAACAAAAAAAAAUUUAGGGCCCUUUUUUGCCUCUCUUCCUUUUGCUAUUUGCUCCUGAAGCAUCUCCAUCUCCAGCUUGCAGAAGAGAGUCCGUACAUCUCAAAAAUUAGGGUUUUACAGAAAGAGAGGGGGGGGUUUCAAUUCGGUGUCGUUUUGAUCUUUCAAUUAGGAUUUUGGGGCUAAAACUAGGGUUCAGAGUCUUUCUGUGAGGUUUGGUUUUGUUGUGAAUCUAUUUGAUUUGUUGAAAAAAUAGAGGUGAGAUUGUGAAAUUAUUUUGUAUGAGAUAAGAAACCGUGGGGUAUUUGAUGGAUGAGAUCUGGGAGCGAGCCAUUGAGACAGCGCUGGACGGCGAGACAGACCACGCGUCGGCUCGAACCCUGACUCUAGAUGGUGCGGUGAAGUGUGUCCAGGGCCGGCUACCCCCUCCGGGUCUUCUAGAGAAGUUCCAGAACCUUCAGCAUCUCUCGAUUGCAAACGUCGGCGUUUCGUCCCUGGAGCAGUUCCCGAGGCUCCGAAGCCUCCACUCCCUGAUUCUCUCCGACAAUCGAAUCGCAGGAGGGCUUGAAUUUCUGGUAGAGGCCGGGCUGGACUCGCUGAGAGACCUGGACCUGUCCAACAACCGGAUUCAGUAUAUUGAAGAUCUUGCCCCGCUGGCGCAGCUGAAGCUGACCUCGCUUGAUCUGUAUGAGUGUCCGGUGACGCGUGUCAAGGAUUACCGAUCUAGGGUUUUCGGGUUGAUUAGGUCGUUGAAGUAUUUGGAUAAGAUGGAUGCGGAGGAGAACGAACCGCCGGAGAGCGAGGAUGAGGAGGAGGAGGAUGAGGAGGAUGAGGAUGACCCUGGGAGCGGGGAAAUCGAUGGUGAGGAUCGGCCUUCUAGGAUGAGUAAUGGGCACACUGAGGCGGCUGAAGGGGUUGUGGAUGUUGAUGAGGAUGAUGAGAGUGACGCCGAUGAGGAGGAGACUUUGACUGCCACUAGGGUGAAUGGACAGAAUCACCCGACAGACAACGGGUUCCGGGUUGCUCCCGUGGCCGGAGAGAAUGGAGGAGAGGAUGAGGAGGAUGAUGAUGAUGAGAACUACUCUGCGGAGGAGAUAGACGAGGAGGAUAGUGAGGAUGAUGAGGUGGUGGAGGUGCAUGAGAUUGAGGAUAGUGAUGAUGAGGAAGAUGGGGUUGAGUAUGAUGAGGAGGAUGAUGACGAUGACGACGACGAUGAAGAAGAUGAGGAGGAGGAAGUGGACAAUGAUGAGGGGGAUUUGGCAGAGCCAGAGAGUACAGGAAGGUUAACAAGCACAGAGGGAGAGAUUGAUGGCCAUGAGCAAGGAGAGGAUGAUGGAGAUGAAGAUGAUAAUGGAGAGACCGGGGAGGAGGAGCUGGGUGUUGAAGAAGAGGGACCGCUUGAAGUUGAAGUUGAAGAUGAAGAUGGCGAGGAAGAGGAGGAAGACUAUGGUGGAGGUUACUUAGUGCAACCAGUGGCACAGGCUGAGGAAGAAGAUGCUGGCGUCAGUGACAUGGACGCAGAAGGGGAUGGUGAAGAAGAUGAGGAGGAAGUCGAAGAGGAUGAUGACGAUGAAGUUCAGGUUCUGCCUCCCUCGUCUUCUUCACAGAUGAAGAGAAAAAGAGAUGAAGCUGCAGAUUCAGAUGACAAUGGUGAGGAUGACGAGGAAGAUGAUGAUGUGGUUGAGUACAGCAAGUCUUCGAAGAAGCACCGUUGACGCUCAGUGGAUCCCUGCCAAAUGUUUAUGUGUUCUUGAUGCCUUUUUUCUUAGCUUGGAAACAGAGAAGAAACUCAGAUUUAGAUUAGAUUGGUUGGUGGGUUAGAGAGAGAGACCGGUUAGUUAUUUUCAUGGAUCUUCUUGGACAAACAUAAUAUAUGAUUAUGGUGUGUUAAGGAAAGAGUCGUUGCGUCCUUGGAUGCAAUGGAGCUUUUGAAUUUUCAAAAAGUCGUUGGUGUUUUGAUCCCCCCUUACGUAUAGCCGUUACAGUGUGGUGAUUCAAAUGGCAGUUAUUGGCGGUCCUAGUUCGGAAGGAGUCAGUUUCAGUAUAUGGAGGGAAAAUUCAGAACUCAAAUUCUUCUUGUUUUUGGUUAUGUUUGUCCAACCAGGUCUUUUUUUUUUUUUGUUGGAGAAAAAGGGGAUUAUGUAAAACGCCUUGUAGAUAGUUUUUAUGAAUGAAUGAUGUUCCAUUCAAUCAA